GGGAUCUUUGGCCUCUGCCCCCACCUCCCAGUGCUGGGAUUAAAGGUGCAUUGGUGCCCUCCUCUUUGUCCUUCAGUCUUCUCCUCCUGUUCACUAGUGUUUCCCAGGCACCCUGUCUGUGUCUGCACACAGAGCACCCACGCAGCUGUGCUGAGUGAGACCCAAGAGCCCGGGAGCAGGGUAGGAUUUGAGGUCAGCGGUAACACACAGAGAAGAGCAUCAAUACACACGGCCGAUCCCAGAAGCUCCUCCCAAGGCUCCAAGACAGAGUACACCUCUCCCUGCUUCCUGCAGCUCCCUUGGGCCUCCUUACCAGGAGGUGGGAAACUUGUGCCACAAGCCAAGUGAUUUCUUCCCCGGGGAAGUUCCCCAGCUGUCCCUCACAGCAGGGAGAGCCAACCAGCGCAGUGGCCGUCCUGGGGGCCUCUGCUCCGCGCAGCUCCUCUGCUCCCGGGAGAUCUUUCUCCACGUCCCGUCCUAGAGCACUCGUUCCACACUCUGGGCUUUCUCAGCUUCACUUUCACUGUAACCGCGGUACCGAGGUGUCUGUACAGGGCACAGUUCUGGGCCGCUUUCCCUUCCGAGGAAGCUGAGGUAGUUUGAUGUGCAAGCCCCACCCUUCAACACCAGCCAUGGCGUCAGGAGGACGCUCAUGCUCCAGGGAACCCAGAGAGCAGGGAGGCAGUCCGAAGCUGGCGGCACAGACCCAGGCUGCACCCAAACCACACUGCGAAACGAAGCCAGGAAGCCAGGAGUCUGGGGCCUCCAGGCCCCUGGCACCUUCCCUUCCUCCCGGGACUCCUGCCCAGCCCGCACAGUGUAGGUCACGGGUGCAAGGGGCUUUCUUGGCGCCCGAUAAUGACAUAACUGAUGUGCGCGGCUGAGAAAGCCCAGGAGCUGCCCUCCGCAGGAGCCAAGCCGCUGCAGCUUUUCUUCCAACCUUGCUGUACACUACCCUAUGGCUCCCAGCCCAGGGUCUAUCUGGCUCCAGGUUCGCCCACACAAGCCCCGCCCCUCCCCAGCCCCGCCCAACAGGCAAAUCCGCCACUUUAGGGUUAAUGACUAGGCCAACAGUCAGUCUACAUUCUUCUCUGCCGGGCUGACACUGGGGUGACCUGGCAGUGGUGGUUACCAGGGACUGUCCAGCCAGGAGGAUGAACAGAAGGGACUCCUGUAGCCAGGAGAAGGUGCUGAGCUUCUGAGCCUCGGGCAGCAGGAUCUGGGAGGGGCAAAGCCCUGCACCCCGGAGGGGAGGGACUAUGGAGUCCCACUGCCAGGGUCAUACCACCUGCGAUACCAGGGGCAGAAGAACCACCGUUUUCCACCACAAGCAGAGAGGUAGGGUUGCUGACCCACCAUCACUUCCUGCAAGGAAGGAUGAGCCUGCUUUCACAUACGAAGACAUCUAUUACAAGCCUUACUUGGCCAGGAAGAAGGCCAUAUGCGACUUCCGGGUGAGGUGGCCGGAACUGAUUCUUCUGGGCCAGGAGAAAAAGCAGGGACUUCCCCUACUUGGCCAAAGGUCCUCUGAGAAGCAGGUCUGUCAGGUCAGUGCCUCCUCAUCAGGGGUCAGCAUCAGCAACUCAGACAUAGAGAGCCUUCCCAGUGAGCUCCUGGACUCCAAAGGAGCGCUUGCUGAGGGCCCUCAACACUAUCCCGCAGAACCUCCAUAUAUGACCAUUCUCAACAACUAUUUGAAGCCAGAGUUAAUGACCCGGCUGGAGAGGAGGAUGAGGAAGAAGACCGUGGUAACUAUGCGAGAGCUAGACCAGGAGAUGGAAGAAGUGAAGAGCCGGCGGUCGGUGCUGAUAACAGACAUCAAGGAAAUGCAGACGGAAGUAUCAUUGGAAGAAACAGAAAGCAAACCCUUCCUGGAGUACCUGGAGCAGAGGAAGGGGGAGAGCCAGAGGAAAUAUGACUCCCUGUGGAGAGAUUACAGCCGUCAGUGUCAGGAGAUCGAGGAAUGGAGGCGAGAGCUGAUCUCCGACUUAACCUCCCGUUCGGAUGACCUCCAAAAGCAGCUGAUGGGGACCAGUAAGCUGGAGGUCUGCUUCAGGAAGAAGUUGAAGACCCUGAGGCCCAUAGCACAAAUAAAGGAGAGCCAGGACCGAAAGAUUGAGGCCUUAGAGCAGGAGAAAGCCAGCAUAGUGUCUGACAUCCGCUUCAUGGACCGAGAGGCACACUUCCAGUUCCUGAAGGAAAGGGCCGACCUGGAGAAGCAAGUGGAGGAACUGAACCUGCUGGAGUCAGGGAAGGACAUCACCAGGGAGCUGAAGAAGAAGACCAAGGCCUUGGAGGCUAGGGUCCAACAAGCUCACAAGGACUUCUGCAAGGGUGUCAUUGCUGAGAACAGGCAGCUGCGAUCAGAGCUCCGGCAGCUGGAUCAGGAAUUCUGCAAGCUGGAAGCCAGAAGGGAGAAGCUGGAGCGGUGGAAACAGAAAUGGAAAGAGCAGCAGUGGUACCUGGAGGCUCUGGCCCGGGGGAGGCAGCGCCUGCGGCAGCGGGAACACCACCCCCCCGAAACCACAGGCCACUCCACACCCAACCCAGGGCCGUCUACGGGGUGCCAGGCCGAGAGCCACUCCUAAGUAAUGGCUGCCGUGUCCCAGGAAGGACUGGAGCUCAGGUUGGGAGUAGCACACAAGACUUGAUGAUGUCAUCAGGAUACUGCAGGAAGGGCAGGCACACCAAGGGGAUGGAGGGCUGAGUGACCUCCUCAGAGAGGCAGAGGGGUCCUGGCCUGGCCUGUCUCUCAGGCUUGGGCCCCUCAGAGCAGCCUGAAGGGCUCUCCUAACCAAAAGCUUCCCAGCAUAUGGGAAACUUGGUUCUUUAGACUCCCUACUCUCCAUGACAACAAGUUCCCCGGUGUAGUGUAGACUUUCUGACAACAGGGUGCAUCUGUAAUCAGCACCUUCCACACAGUCACGCCAUCACACAGUAGUGGGACUGGUGUCACAGGUGGGUGCAGGGUGUUCUCUGGGUUCUUUGUACUUGUGUGUGGCUGAGGCUGGAUUGGUCUGCAGAGCUGUGGGUUGUGAUGUGGCGUGUGGCCCCAGGUUUGGGUCCUGUGGUCCUGUGUGUCUGAGUCCUGGGUGUUGCUGCAGACAAAAAGCCUCAGCAUCACACUGUAGAUUUUUAACUUCCACUUAGCUAUAAAAUGAACUCAUUUAAAACUGUGCUGAAAAAUGAACACACAUUGGCUUACAGCUUUAGCUUGCAUGUGAAAUGUUUUGUUCUUAAUCAAUAUUAUUGAAAAAUAAG